CCUAAGGCAGGAUGUGAUAGGUCGGGUUUCAUGUGAGCGCAGUCUCCUUCAGCUCGUCCUCCAACCAGCCAAGCCUGCCUCGCCCGUGCGGUCUGAGGAAAUCUGUCCCAAACUCACUUGAGCUCACCUCUACACGUCUCUCCGACCGGAACAAUGGCCGUGCCACCUUCAUAUGUUGAUCUGGGCAAGUCUGCCAAGGACAUCUUCAACAAGGGCUACGGAUUCGGCCUGGUGAAGCUCGACGUCAAGACAAAGUCAGCCAGUGGAGUGGAAUUCAAAACAUCUGGAUCCUCCAACACCGACACCAGCAAAGUCAUCGGCAGCCUUGAAACCAAAUACAAGAGGGCAGAGUAUGGCCUGACCUUCACUGAGAAGUGGAACACGGACAACACCCUCGGAACAGAAAUCACAAUUGAAGAUCAGAUCGCCAAGGGACUGAAGUUGACUUUUGACACCACCUUCUCACCGAACACUGGCAAGAAGAGCGGCAAGGUCAAGACCGCCUACAAGCGCGAGUACGUGAACCUGGGCUGCGACGUAGACUUUGACUUUGCUGGCCCCACCAUUCACGGUGCAGCCGUUGUCGGCUAUGAGGGCUGGCUCGCUGGCUACCAGAUGACCUUCGACACUGCCAAGUCCAGAAUGACCCAGAACAACUUCGCCAUUGGCUACAGGACGGGAGACUUCCAGCUGCACACAAAUGUCAACGACGGAGCAGAUUUUGGCGGCUCCAUCUACCAGAAGGUGAGCGACAAACUGGAGACUGCCGUCAACCUGGCGUGGACUGCAGGCAGCAACAGCACACGCUUUGGCAUCGCCGCCAAAUACCAGCUGGACAAGGAUGCCUCAGUCAGUGCUAAAGUGAACAACAACAGCCUUGUUGGUGUUGGUUACACCCAGACUCUUAGACCAGGUGUGAAGCUCACACUGGCUGGCCUGGUCGACGGCAAGAACAUCAACGCCGGAGGCCACAAGCUGGGUCUGGGUUUGGAAUUGGAGGCCUAAUCUUCUCGUCCCCUACACCAUGCAACUCCGGAAUAUCAGAAGAAAUUUGACCUUACGCAGUUCCCAACCAGCAAAAUGGGGGACAUCUUGGAAGAGAUCGGCUUCACAAAGGCUACGACAAAAAACUCUUAACUUGAGUGAGCACCAUUGUCAUACUGGUGUGGUUUUUUUUUCUUUCUUUUUUUUUUAUUUCUAGUUGCAAGAAUCAGGUGGCAUAUUAUUUAUAUAACUGUAACGUCAUGGUUCCAAUCCAGCACUGCCAUAAAUCCAAUCCAGUCCCAGUUGUGCGUGCAUCACUCUGCCUGUGUGGCUUUAUUGUGAUCUUGCAAGACACUCCUUAUUUGCGUGGUGUCAACCCCCCUGCCGAUUUCUUUUUGAAACGCCACCAGCUGAUAUUCCUCAGUUUUAAAGUACACUAGGCUUUCUUCCGUUGCUGUUUAAAUAAAGCUGUAAGCCUCCUUCACACGCGCACAAAGGUAUCCUGUCGGCCUUCGGAAACCAGUCCACUCAGCCGACCGCACAGAUAAAAAUACCGGGAGGCUUCGAGUGCUUGAAAGCGAUGCCAAACUUAUUAAAUGUAAAAGAGUUAACUCUAAGUAUCCUUUCUGUACAAGGACAUGGAGAUCCUUUUGUGUAUGUUACCUUUUCAAUAAAGUCUCCAACCUUCA